GAUGGAUGAUGCCAAAGUUCAUAAGGGAGACGGGCUUCAAAGAUUAUCCUCCCAGGCAUGUUAAGCCUUGAUCUGCUACAGUGUACAUCUUAUGUAGAGGGAACAUAAUUGAGAUAGGAAGAUGGCCUCCUGGUUGCUAUGCAGUCUUUUGACUCUCACCUUAUCUACACGUGUUGUCCACCUGUUGAGGCCCGUGGACGAGUACCCGUUUUACCUAAACUCCCGAGAGUGUGAGGACAUGUUCCCAGAAUCACUAGCAGAGGACGCCACCAACGCCCAGAUGCUGAAAUCUCAGGAACCUUUUGAUAUCGAGUUCAACCCUGCAGAGUAUGAUAAAAGUUCCGUUAUAAACGUUAAGGUAUUUACAAAGAAGUUUUUCCAAUCUGACUAUCCUAUCCGAGGAGCUCUGUUACAGGCGAGGAUAGCUAAUUGUCAGGAUAAAGAUCAUCAGAAAGCGAUAGGGAUAUUCCAACAGGGACAGAAAGCACCUUUCCUGCAUACAGUCAAAUGUGCCAACUCAUUAGCUAACGGGGUUGCUAUUGGCGUUAUCAAAGAAGGUAAGGAUGGAUUGUUACAGGUGGCCAUAGACUGGACCCCUCCCUCAGAACAAGAGAACAGAACUCUCUACUUCGUAGCCACCGUGUUGAGUACCAAUGGUACAUUCUUCACUGACAUCAUCAGUGAUUUUUUGAUACACCAUUCACAGAAGGACUCUCCUCCUAAGGCUGAGCACUGUGAGAUGAGGAAAUUAUUGCAAAAAAGUGGAUCCUCCAGGACGAGGGGACCGGAAAUCUCUCUCUUAUCUGUGGUCUCUGUUUUACUAUUCCUCAUUGUAGUGUAUAGCUGAAUUCUGGAAGAGAAAAAUAUAUACCCGUGCACAAUCUAAUUAACAGGACUAUGCAUUGAUGAUACAUACAUUUACAUUUUCCUGAGCAGGGAUGACUAUUUAAUGCCAACUUAUUUCUCAAUAUUUUCGUAGAUAAUGCUUCAUUUGAUAUAAAAUAGAGAAACAAA